AACGGUGGGCCUAGCUGCUACAACAAGAACCCAAAAUGUGACUGUUGGAGGUUAUUACCCAGGGGUUAUUGUAAGUAUAGAACUCCUAGCUUGGUUUUGGGUCAUUUCUUGGAAUAAUUGGAUCAAACUUGAUAGAAAACAAAAGGCAAAUGCUGGUUGCAUCGAUCGUCUUCAUCAGCUUUGGCGUCAUUGCUGCGUUCUGCUGUGCCAUAGUAGAUGGUGUCUUUGCUGCCAGACACAUAGAUCUGAGGCCGCUGUAUGCAGGACGAUGUCAGUAUUAUUCCAAGAGUACAACUCCACCAGAGGCAAUCUGUCACCCACAACGCCGUGCACCCUGCACACCCAAAAUAAAAACCAACACCUGCUUCUGCUGUGACCUGUACAACUGUGGAAACAGAGUAGAGAUCUCUGGAGGCUACUAUGAAUAUAUUGAUGUCAGCAGCUGCCAGGACAUCAUCCACCUUUACCACUUGCUUUGGUCCGCAACAAUUUUGAACAUAGUUGGGCUGUUCCUAGGGAUCAUUACAGCAGCGAUACUUGGAGGCUUUAAAGACAUGACUCCCUCCCUCCCUACGCUGAACUGUACAGUUGAAAAUGCGCAUCCUUCAGUAUCUUAUUAUUCAAGGCCACAGGUGACAUCUUACAACACCUACUACCACAGCACUCCUCAUUUGCCUCCCUACUCCGCUUAUGACUUCCAGCAUUCCAGUGUGUUUCCAGCUUCCACUCCUUCCGGCCUUUCAGAUGAGCCCCAGUCAGUGUCACCGUCUCCCAGCUAUAUGUGGUCCUCUAAUGCACCUCCUCGUUAUUCACCGCCAUAUUUUCCACCUUUUGAAAAGCCGCCACCUUACACACCGUAAAGAAUGGGGAAAGGAAGAAGGAAAAAUUUGCCGUUGAAAUAAUUGUGAACAUUCUGUAUUUAUAUUUUACUGUGGGAGGGAGCGGGAGGAUAGAUACAGAAGAUAAUUGCAAAUAAGAGUACCAGAUUGGAGUGUUCUUUCUUGCAAGACUUAUUUUAGAGGUUUAACAGCUGGGUAUGGGGAAGGAGACAUACUGCUGAUGUUUCAGUGUCGGCGAGUAGCAAGUGACCUAAAUUCCAGCCUCUGUGUUUUACAGCGAGGUUCUCGUAGUCCUCGUUUUUUAAUAAAGUGAUCCAACGCACAUGAUAUAUUCUGGUCUGCCUUACUCCAUCUUGAGCCAAGCUGAGGUAAGGGUAGCCAAGAUCAAUAGUUGCCCUGCUUAAGGUGAGGGUGCUUGCAGACAGCUCAACUUGAUGCUUGUUUCAUGUGACCUUUGGCUUCAAGUUGUUGGGAUAUCGCGGGGCUGCAGGACCUAGCUCACGGCACUUGUUGGUUACAGGCUAUGCACGUGCGCAAGGAAGUUCUAGUGAGGAGCCAGGACAGUUUCUCAAGCUGUAGCACUGUAACUGAUGGAAAGAGGUAACGUCAUGGGAUAUUUUCAUGUGUAUCAUAGCAGGACAGUAUGAAUAUUGCUUUUUUGAGGGGUAAACAUUAAUAGGCAAUCUGGUUUAUUUCAGGAUGCUUCUUAAAAUAGGAGGUGAAAUGCAGUUGUCUGUCUCAGAAUUUCCAUAGGAAUAAUGCUGAAGGCAAACAGUUUGGGUGGUUGCACUGCCUGAAUUUUCCUUGUAUUGCUAUAAAGAGCAUCAGGAACUGUGCACAGGUCACUGAAACGCAAUGCAGUGAAAACACUUUUUUUUCCUUCUAUUUGGUUGGGAAUUUUUUUUAAGAUUGUACUUUUAACUUUUUUAAUGGAUUGAAUCAGCAUCCUGAAUAAGCACUGUUUUAGUAUCUAUAUUAUGGGCUGCACAUAGGGAAUUCCCACUACUAGCUCUCCACAGGAUGUAAGUCUCACAUGGAUAAAAUUCAACACCAUGUAAUGUAGGAUGAAGCUGAUAAGACUUUGCAAUUAUUGUUGUGACUUUCAUUUAAUCUUCAGCUGAUGACUGUGCUGAUGGGUCUAGAUUCCAACAGAUUUUGCAUGCAUCCUGCAUAACAAAAGGAGGUCAGCUUUGUUAUGUGACACUGUUCUGUAAAGUGUGGUGCUACUCCAGGAGGUGAUUUCAGAUGACAGCUUUCAGAUCUGAGCUGCUCAGCCUGAGCAGUCUCAACUCUGCUUACUUCAGGGAUAAAAGUAAGGUAUUGGCGUUCUACUCCUUAUUUCCAAAAGAUUUGAUUUCCUUUGCAUCGGAUUGUUGACCCUAAUCCUAAAUCGUCUAUAUUUACAUUCAACCCUGAUACAGACAAAAAGGUACCUAAGAGCUAAGUCUGGCUUCCAGAAUCGAAACAUGGUAUACAUGGUAGGAAAAAACAGCUGGAUUUUGAACUGCGAUAUCUCUGUACUUGUAAUCCUCACAAAUUUGAGAUUCUGUCAGAAUGGAAAAUAAGCACUGAAGUCCCUGAUUUCACUUUGCAAGGUACAGCCACACUUUAUAAUGCUGUUUUUAGUCCUAUGCAUUUGUAGAGCCUUUGUUAUGUGUUAACCUUAUCAUUCCACUGUCAAAGACAAGUCAGUGCAUUAAUAAACUAAAGGAUGACACUAUUUAUCCAGAAGCAAAUGAAUAACGUUUCUCCAACAAUGAAGACAAAUAAAUGACUGGAGAAAGUAAUACAGCUCACAGGAUUUAAAGCAGUAGUGUAUGCAGAACAUACCCUGGUAACAUUUUUACCGUUGAUUUGUUUUGUUGAUUGUUGAAGUGCAGCACCUAUAAGUUCGAGUACUGGAAAGAAAUUAACAUGCUGGGGCUUUGUCCCUUGUACACUGCGUUUGCCUGAAUGACAUGGUGUUAAGAAGAUUGUGUGCAGUUUACAGCUGGCGAUACUUUUCUUGAUAAAUAAAAUAGGCAAUACUUCUCGAUAAAACUCCCCACAAAAACUAGAAUUUGAAGGGCACAUUAAUUCCUUAGUAACAACAAGUCUUUUAUUGCUACAUCUUUGAAGUAACAGUUGUGUCCCACUCCUGACAAACAUAUACUAUGCCAUUUGUGCCUGUCUACUAAAUAGGGCUAGAAGGACUAGGGGACACUACAAGACGGGACUUAAAGUAUAUUGCUAGGAAACCGAGUAGGAUUCCUGAGGGGAGCUUAACUUAGUGGCAGGGAAAUAAUAAGGAAAUGGUUUUGCCAUUGUUUUUGACUUGACAGGAAUACUAACCUUAGGAAAUGAUCCAAAAAUUUUUUUUCCCCCUAAUGAACCUGGUCUAAGGCAUUCUAAGGAAUCUGUAAGCAAAAAUUACAUUGCUGCUUUAAAUUCACUAUCAAAGGACAGUUCCAUUUUUACAUUUAAAAUAAUACCAGUGGGAUUUUCUGAUCAACGACCUGUUUCCUUCUGCUUGAGUAAAAGUAAGCGUUUAGUGUAAAUACAAUAUUCUGCACUGUAUCCAUCAUUUCUUAUGAGAAUGUAAAGAUUGUGACUCAUAUGUACCCUUUUAUUACUUUACCAAAGUUGAAUAAAAUCGUGUGAAUUUUUGUAAACAUUUACACAUUGCAUUUUACAUUUUAGCAACUUUCCUGUGUUUUACAAUCAUUUUUAAUGGCAGUUGAGGAAUUUCAAUGUAACAAUGGCAUGCAUUAAAAACAAACAAACAAA